AUGGAGAGACGAACGGGCGCACCCGUAACGGACACGUCGGAUACACAAUCAGUUGAACGCAAACGCACUCGCCGCUGGCACCACCGCGGCUUCACGGGCUGCUCGACCUGUCGCCGCCGCCAUGUCCGCUGCGACGAGGCCUCCCCCGCCUGCAAUAACUGUGUGCGACUCGGUCGCGAAUGCGAUGGAGCGCAGGGUCAAAUGACAUUCAAAGUCUACGGGCCUUCACAGACACCCGAUUUUGCGCCCGAGUCCUCGAAGGCACCGAAGAGACGGCAGAGAAAAGCGGCGUCGAAUCCAGAUUCCACAGAGACAGCGGUAGUCCCGGCCGUUCAAAAGGAAGAAGUGGGAGAGCGCACGCAGGCCGUGUCCCCCACUGCGUUGGUACAGCCGGCACUUCAAUUUCGUUUCCAGGACCCUGUUACGCCGGCCAGUGUGGCGAGGUCGAUCCAGCGCACCGACGAGCGUUACUUUGCGCACUUCAUUGAUCAGGUCUCGACACUUCUGAUUAUCUACGACAGUCCCGAUAAUGCCAAUCCCUACCGCACAUUAUUUCCGGAAUUCGCCAAGUCCUCCCCGACAAUGGUGAAUGCGAUGCAGGCGUUGGGCGCGUUACAUCUAGCGAAUACGUCGGAUGGGUCACAACGCGAUAAGCAUUCCCAGACAGCGAUGGGAAAAUACGGUCUGGUGGUCAGGGGAUUUCGCGCACGAUAUGCAGAUCCCAGCCAACAACUCGGGUUGACGGAUUUCGCAACUUGUCUGCUGCUAUGUCUCUUCGAGAUGAUGGAUUCCCAGCAUCAAAAUUGGGCAGUACAUCUCAAAGGCGCUCGCGAAAUCUACAACACUCUCUUCUACCCUCAUACCGGAAACUCGGCACGGGAAGUGCAACGCUGUGCUGAAACAAAUCACCCGCUCCGGCCAUUCCUCGUAUCUUUGCUCUCCUAUCUCGAUGUGGCCGGUGCAUGCGCGACCCCGGGAGGCACUGUCGUGGAGGGCAGUUACUGGAAGACCAUGGGUGGGGGAUGGGAGUAUAAUCUUGGGACUCCAAGCUUAUCCACUACCCCCGACAAUCCACUCUUAAUCGAGCUGCGUGAAGCAUGGUCCAGCUUGAUGGAAGUCCAAACGACAAUCAGCACUUUCGCAUCCGAUAAAAAGACGUGGAUGACCAUGGACCAGUCAGACAUGACUUACAAGGAGAUUUUCAACCAACUGGUCGUGUGGCGUGCAAUGGCUCCGCCUAGCUUGCAGCUGCUCUCGGAUCUGGACGACGAGAGCCUCGCUCAUUACCCCUACCCCGAAGUUCUCGAAUAUGCGGGCUGUAUUGAGGCAUACGAGAAGGCGACCUUCGUUCACUUGCUUCAGGUCGCUGGAGCCGGGCGUGUCGGCUGGAUAACUGACUGGACAUACAUGGACAUGCUUGUCAGUCGGAUUCUCUUGUUGAUUUGUAACUUGUCCAAGGGGAUCGGCCAGCUGGCUGUCCUGUGGCCGCUUUUCAUCGCUGGGCAAGAAACGCGAAGUGAAACCGAACAAAAAUACAUUCGCCAGACCAUGGAGGAGUUGAAACGAUUUGGCUUCAAGAAUGUUGAUAAAGCACUAGAGCUUUUAGAAGGCGUCUGGUUCAAGCGACGCUCUUUCCCUGGUGGAUGGAUUCAGACAUUGGAAGAAGUCCAAACAAACAUCUUGCUUCCCUGA